UUGCUUAUCCUUGCUAGUCAGCGAAUCAAUUACGGUGCUGAAUCAUCAGCGGCAGCCACAGAUGGCGAAAGAGAUCCGGAUCGAAAGGAGCUCCGUGGCCCUCCGCCAACACCCGUUGAAUGGACAAUCUUGGUUUGGGUUUUUGGACUAAUUUGGGUUGAAAUCAAGCAGUUGUGGAAUAGCGGACUUUACGACUAUUGCACAGAUCUGUGGAAUAUACUCGACUUCAUCACCAAUGCGCUGUAUCUGUGCACGUUUGUCCUAAGGCUCGUCGCUUAUUUACAGGCAAGUAAUUCAAAAAGAAUAACACAACUCAUGCUAUAA